CCACCACCCUCUUUUCCAAACCCCCACUCCCAAUUUUUCUUUUCCUUUUCUCAAACACAAACACAGUGGAGAGGGAAAAUGCCAAUCUCAAUGUCAGAAGGAGGACUUGCAAAAUGCACCAGAAUCCGGCACAUCGUCAGGCUCCGCCAAAUGCUGCGGCGGUGGCGCAGCAAGGCCCGCAUGUCGGCCCACCGAGAAGUACCCUCCGAUGUUCCGGCGGGACACGUGGCAGUGUGCGUGGGCAGCAACUCCAGGAGAUUUGUGGUACGUGCCACCUACCUGAACCACCCCGUGUUCCAGAAGCUACUAGUGGAGGCGGAGGAAGAGUACGGAUUCUCACACCACGGUCCUCUCGCCAUUCCCUGCGACGAAACACUCUUCGAACACCUCCUCCGCUUCAUUUCACGAUCCGAUCCCCCUCCCUCCAACCGCUUCGACGACUGUCACGUCCCUCUCAUAAACAACCUCGACUUCUGCCUCCAAUCUCGACCACUGCUCCACUGAACCAAACCCAACACACUCACAUGACAAAAACGACAACGAAAACAACAACAUUGUUGCUGCAGUGCAAUUCAGCGGAGAAUGCUGAGGAGAUGGCAAAGGGUUACUUACCAGAAUGGUCCACCCAGUCGUCCCGGCUUUCACUCUACUUCACCCUGAUGCUGUAUAUUUUCACUAUUAUUAAUAUUAUUACGUUUCCCACCAGUAA